CGCCUAAUUUCUAGUAGUCAACUUAAACUGGGAAACAAAGUCUUACACAUACACCAGAGAAAUAUGGAAGGGCUGCGUAGUACCGUGAUUAGAAUAUUGACAAGAAUAUAAUAUAUAAUCAGUGCUGUAGAAUAUUUAAUUGCCGAGCUUUCGGUAACUGAAUAUCUUCUUCAGGGCAAGCAGAUGACUACUUGAUGAUGGUUACAGUUGACUACUCGAAAUUAUGCGCGUCUGACUGGAAGAAUGUUUUGAUCACGUGGUUUCAACGCGACGUGGCGAAAACUUACACACACACACACGCUUAUUUUCCUAUUAUUUGGCAGUGCUUGGUUGUUCAGAAAGAAAAAUGCUUUAGAGACUUUACCGUAAAACUUACCGUAGUAGAAUGUAAAUAGUCCUUCAGCGGGAGAUUAGCUGAGUUCCAAAAUGACAGACGACUCAUGAUGGGAUGUGCACGGUGGUCGGCCCUCAAGAAAACGUCCAAGAAGGAACUGUUCGUUUACGUGUCGAUAUUUUUGGCGUUGUUUCUCGUGGCCACGAUCAUCAACGACAUAGUUGCCUACACCGUGACAGAGAAAACGCAUCUCUCAACUCAAACACUAAGCGAGUCGGUCUUGGUUAUGCACAUCAUCUCGUUUUAUUUGGCUCUGCUUGGCUUCGUUUACAUCACACAGGCGGGAAAAAACUGGAAGAUUGCCCGAUGCGAGUGGUUCUCUCUAGUGUUGAAUUUCUUGGCGUGCUUUGUACGGAUCGCCAUCGAGGCAUCUUUCAUCCGGUUCAGAGAGGAGGGAUACCGGAACUUUACGGAAUAACCUGACGGGAUUCAUUAUCGUUCCCAAGCCAAGGAUAAUACUUGGGGGGGGGAGGGGUUUUACACACGGAACGGUGACAAACUCUUGGCCAUAAAGAUCUUCAAACCCACUCUAAAGUUUGAACGAUUCUUUCAAGAGUGAGAAAGGUAGAGAUAAGACUUCCUGAAUAGUGGAUGACUUGGGUAAAUUCAACAAGGUUAAUACCCACAAAACAGCCCGUCGAGUUGGGGUUCCACGAUGCAGUAUACGAUUACUAAAUUUAAGUAAAUUGUACUGAUCAAGGAGAGAGAAAAAAUGAAAAGCAUUUAAUGACACACAAAGUUUGGUGUACAUGUAUACGACUUUCCUUUAUUUACAAUGACCUUUUUUCUAUGUACAAUUUAUUAUACCCUUAUAUGGUCCGACAUGCCUGCAUUCGACAUGGAACAAAAACAGAGAACAAAAACGAUGAGAAUUUUACUGUUCUGUGCAAUCGGGCAAUUUGAGGAAAUUAUCAUAGUUACCAGAAAUAUGCACGAGGCCCUUUCAAUAAACCAAGUAGUUUCACCAAUUAAAAAUUUAAUAUCGCCAUCUGAGCAAUCUCAUUAAUUUUCCUGGUGUAGCUGGGGAUUGCCAAAAACUCUUUGAGAAAAGCACUCAUAUCCCAAUCUUGACACAACCACAGCCAUGACGUUUUCCCCAAAGUAUCAGCUGAUUAGAAUAAGACUUUUCAAGGAAAGUUAAUCUUGGCAAAAUUUAAUUUCUAAGAGAGGGUCACUUGAUUUUUCAAGUGACUUCCAACCACUUUCUGCCACUAACGUGAUAUCAUCAGGCACUCACUAAAAGCCUGUGAAAAUCUCCGUAAGUAGGCUGAAAGUUGUGGUUUUUUAGUCCAACCUGUUGAGGGGUUUCUUUCAGAAGAUUUCUGUGAAGUAAUAGGCAUCUACAGUACGAAUGAACUCUGUGCAGGCCCCCGACAGGCCAUUGACUGUCACUGCAACUAUACAUGCCCUGCAUCCAUCCAAGAAUGCAGCAACUUUGUGCACAUUCAGAUAAAAAAAAUGAUUGGGGGCACUUCACCAGAUGUGACUUGCACUGUGAAAAUGAGUCAGAAGUCGCCAGAGCCACUUUUUGAGUUUCAUUUUGAAAUAGAAAGAGCAAACUAAGCUCUUGGCUUUGAUGUAUCACUCAGUCUGGUAUCCUCAUAAAAACGGAUAUUGUGCUGAUGUCAGACAUUGAGAGUUACUAAAGUGACCUUUCUAGGGGCAUCUGACUUAUUUUUACAGAGAACACGGGUUAAACUACUAGGCACACAUACUGUAGGUACCCUCACAACUGUGGUAGCAUAGUGCCGUUUCCUGCUUGUGUGGAAUCCUACAAGAGUUCCUUAACUAGCCACCACUUGCUCAACACCAAACACAACAAAUUCCAAUUAACCUAUUAUUUUUUGUUUAAGAAAAUUAUGCCAACUCUGCAGGGUAUAAAUGUUCUAUAAAUUUGUUGGUGUUUAUUAAACUUGAAAAUCUUGCUGGCCGGAUACAAUACUCCUUCCCACAAUUCCAUGAUUAAGGUGAAAAUGCUUCAUAUUUCUUCUGAUACUGAAAACCAACUACUAUGGAACAAUGCGCUGUAGCCUGUCCCCCCCUUUGCUAACUUGGAGACACCCCCUCCAAUCCUGAACUGUCUGCAUAUGAGUGAUUCCAUCCCAAAAGACGUGUACAGUCCUUCAAUAUGAAAGAUAAGGAGCUAGAUCUUUACUUUAUAACAAUUUAUGGAAACUUUAAAACUAA